UUCAAUAUAGGAUAGACACAGUCUUUCUCCUAAAUUAAGAAAACAGAACAAAAUAGUAACUAAAAAUUCUCAUCCAAACGCUAAACAAACAAAUGGGUGCUUCACAAUCGGUCUCUGAAAAAUCCAUAUCUGAAUUCACAGUUAAGGACGCCAAGGGAAAAGACGUGAACCUCAGCUCAUACAAAGGGAAAGUUCUUCUUAUAGUUAACGUCGCUUCAAAAUGUGGAUUUACGAAUUCCAAUUAUACCCAGUUAACUGACCUUUAUAGCAGAUACAAAGAUAAAGGACUUGAGAUAUUGGCUUUUCCAUGCAAUCAGUUCUUAAACCAAGAGCCUGGGAGUAGUGAGGAUGCAGAACAAUUUGCCUGUACAAGAUUCAAAGCCGAGUAUCCAAUUUUUGGAAAGGUAAUGUGUUGUUUGUUUGUGUAGGGAUCUCGAUACGUUGCUGAUAGGUUUAUGUCCUGGAUUUUUUGGUUUAG